AUGCGCCCAGCCCGCCAUCGAGCCCAGAACUUAUCUAUUACCAUUCCCAAAAAUGAGUGUGCGGCAGCCCUCGCUAAUGCCCAACCACCGCGCCCACAGCUAACCGAUGAAUAUCCUAAACAUCAAGGGAUAGAGCAGCUGGUGGAGCCGCUUGAGAUCUCCCACAACGUGUAUAUAUGUGGCGAGAUAAGUGCAGAUGCUUUACGAAGUUUUGAUGUCGUAUUCAAUGUUGCUCGCGAAGUGCCGUGCCCGCUGAGCUCUCCAGUUGCAGUAAGGUGUCGGUCCGAGCUAGAGAAUUUCGGCAUCACAUGCAAAACGCAUCAAUUGGGACCACGGAAGGUUUACUACUAUGCCACGGCGUGGGAUCACGAUCCAAAGUUGAGCGAGGUGCUUGGCCCGCUCACCCAAGAGGUCUCGGAGCAGGUGAAUAACAAUAAGCGUGUGCUAAUUCAUUGCAAAUGUGGAAUAUCUCGUUCUGCAACCUUGGUUCUUGCCUACGUCAUGCAAGAGUAUAACAUGGACUAUACCUCAGCGUACAGCUACGUGAAGACGCGCCAUCCUGCACUAUCACCAAACCUAAGCUUGGUGGCUAAACUUUUGGAAUGGCAGACCCAGAUUGGUUUAUAA